AUGACCCUCCGCCAUCCGGUCAAGAACGAGCUCCACGAGCCCGUCCAACCCCUUCUUGGCCGCAUGGUGCAACGGCGUGGACCCCCACGCAUCCACGACCCUCAACGGAUCCGCGCCCCUGUCCACAAUGAGCAGCUUGGCCAUUUCGUGGUGCCCGCGGUCCACGGCGUGCCACAGCGCCGUCGGCCCCGGGGCACAGGAGGCGUCAACCUCGUCCGCCGGGCUUUCCGCGGGCGCGGGCACCGGUCCCAGGAGGAGGUACCGCGCGACCGCCUCGUGGCCGGCCCGCACGGCGAGCAGCAGCGGCGUGGCUCCGUCGGCGCGCAGCGCCCCCACCGCCGCGCCCGCCGCCACCAGCCGCUUCACCACGGCCAUGUGGUUGUGCGCCGCCGCCGCGUGCAGGGCCGUUUGCCCGUCCGCGUCGGCCAGGCCCAGGUCCGCGGCCUGUGCGAGCAGCAGGUCGACCACGGUGGCGUUGCCCAGGCGUGCUGCGGCGAGGAGGGGGAAGGAGCCGGCCUGCGAUGCAGGCUUUGGUCUGUUGGUUGGUGUGGAGGUGCCGCCUUUGCUGGCGGUGCUGCUGUUGCUCGGGUUGCGGACUGUGGCGCUGCCGUCGGUUUCGUUGCCGCUGCUGUUACUGCGCAUGUUGACAUCGGCGCCGUGUUUCAGCAGGAUCCGUACGAUUUCAGUGCAUCCUGUUUCGAUAGCCCUCACUAUCUGCGCGUUCCGCCGAAGAACAGCAAGGUGCAGGGGCGUCGCACCGCCAGGGAGCGCAGCCUCGACGUCGGCCCCGCGGCGCACCAGCUGCAGCACCACCUCGGCCCUGCCCUCGGCGUCCCUGGCAUCCAGGUCGGCGCCGUGGGCAGCCAGGGCCAGGACGGUGCGGCAGCUGACGUCGGGGUGCACGAGGCCGGCGGCGUAGUGCAGGGCGGAGCGGCCGGAGCGGUCGGCCGCGUCGACGACGGCGCCCAGCUCGCAGCACAGCGCGACAAAGUCCGCACGGCGCGCACCACGGCCGUCUCGCCCGCCGCGUUGCUGGCCUCGAGGUCCGCGCCCGCCAGCACCAGGAACAUGGCCGCCUCGAGACACCCGACCGAGAAGGCCCGGUGGAGCGGCGUCACGCCCACCACGCCUGUUGUUGAUGUCGCUGCUGCUGCUGCUGUUGGGCGUCGUGGUGUCGGGGUCGACGGCCGGCCCGAGGCGCUGGUCACGAUCACGCCGCCCCGCGAUAGGUUCGGGUCGACGCCGGAGCGCAGCAUGGCGUACACGGUGCCCAAGUCUCGGCUUUCGAUGGCGGCGUGCAGGUCGCGGGCUGCCAUGAGGCUGGUAGUGGUGUUGGUAGUGGUGGAGGUGGUUAUGCCAUGGCAGCGUGUGUGGUUGAGGUCGUGGCGCAGAGCUUGGAUCUCGGGCUUGUCGAGGAUGCGUGGGCGGUUUACCACUGUCAUGGAGGUUCGACGGCACGAUGUGUUGGCCUUUGGUCGGGACGGCCUGUGUGGGGGUUUCGAGGUCUUCAACAACGACGCCAUCGAGUCGUGAUACCCAUGCGACGGAGCCCACUGUUCCACACUAAAGAAGUUGGUGCCAUCGGCGAUAGCUGGCGGCUGCGUUGAAGUCUGGGACAUGAUGAUAGUUGACAAGUUGAUAGAUGUCUUGCUGAAGUAAUGUGCUGUUUGUCCUGGAUC